AUGGUAUGCCGAUGUUUGGCUCUGUCUUCUCAUUACUUCAAUGCUGCUAUGAACGUGCUUUGUCACUUUCACUUUAGUUGUUGGUGCUGUGAGGAGCGGAUACUCUGUGUAACGCUGCCUUUCAUUUUCAUUCCCUGUACAAUUAAACUCUCUUUCUACUUUUUCUUCCUUUUAUCUGCCCGUUCCUCUAUUCGUGUGUGGGUACGGUUUCCUGUCACGAAUAUUGUUUGCUUCUGCUCAUCCCAAUACCUGCCGCUCCUUCACUUCUUCCCCUUCCCAGUUAAAGUAGUGUUGAUUAAACAUUAUUUCACGUGCACUGGAUGUUAUUGA